AUGGCAAAUCUCAUCAAUCCAUCAACAAGAUACAUCAUCAAAACCGACCAAUUUGGAUCAGAAAGCUCACUCGCAUCUACCCCAGAUAACGAUACCCUCGUCCUGGAGUCCGUCUCGAGUGACACUACUCGGAGCCAGCUAUGGUACUUCGAAGAGACCGACUUAGACGACUACUAUCGCCUCCACACUGAAGACAAAGGCGACGGCUACUCUCUUAGCACAUACAAUUACGAGGGAAGCCAGACGACAGAUUUACGAUUCCGCGACACAGAAGACAUAGACGCACAGUAUUGGCGACUGGACGUGCAAAGCGAUGGAAACGUCAAAGUCAGCAACAAUCGUGCCGGGCCGGGGAGUUAUCUCGAUGUCGAGGAUGGGAGUUUGAAGCCCUUUCUCGCGCAGGGGGAUUCGGGGAGCCAGGAAUGGACACUUAGCAGUUUUGGCGCUCCUAGUGCUACGCCUAUGCCUACGGCCUCCAUCUCGUCCGAUGCUACGGCGACGUCAAGUUCUUGUAAUUCAGAGUGCACGGUAACGGGCGUUACCUCCUCUGGCAGUCCAGGUUCUCGGAACCUUACAAAGGGGGUAAUAGCAGGCAUUUCGCUUGGUGCUGCUGUGGGAGGACUUUUGAUAAUUGCAGGCGCGAUUUGGCUAUGGCGAAGACAAUAUAGGAGGCCAGCAACUGGUCUACCACGCGUUCCAUCCAUGAGAGAAGGCCAUAUCAUUGGUUAA